GCGCCUCCCACCGCCUCCACACCUCGCAACAUUCACCCACUCGCUCCGCUCGCUGAGCUAGAGACCAAACUUUGCUCGCUUGGCAAGGAGCGCCCGGCUAGUUGUUCUGUGUGUCUUGUUGUAAACCCGUGGCUCCGACGCUGUCCGCAACAGCUACGAAGAUGUCCCCGUCGUCGCCGCCGCCGCCGCAGGUCACUCGGAAGCAGAAGUUUGCAGCGUGUUAGACGGGGCGGUGAGAAGUUACAGGUGGGGGGGAGGCGAGAACAAGAGACAACACAAGAGAAGACGCAUCCACGGCAACCAAAGCCUUCGUUGUUUUGUUGUUGUACACCUGAGAUCAGCGAGAGCAGUUGCGGCAAUCCGACUAACGACGGCAACAAGCGCGCUGGGGUGGCGUAACCUGGGCUUGGUAUCGAACCGGAAUUCCGAUGGUUCUCAGGGAUAUGUCGUUGAUGCUGCUGCUGCUGUUGCUGCUGUUCUGCGCCACGGGACGGGAUGCUGCAGCGGGCCCAGCUGAGUUCACCAACACCUGGGCUGCACAGGUGCGCGGUGGCCCCAAGGCAGCCGUGGAGUUGGCUGAGCGACACGGACUCACUUACUUGGGCCAGAUUUUCGAAGACUACCAUCACUUUCGACACCACGCCGUGCAGAAACGCUCGCUGAGCCGGCACGAGAGUCUGCACACGAGGCUGCGGCAAGACACAGAGGUGAGCUGGGUGGAGCAGCAGGUGGUGAAGGUGCGGCGGAGGAAGGAGGUUGUGACGGAGCCCACGGACCCUGAAUAUGCAGAGCAGUGGUACCUGGAAAACCAGGAGCACCACGACCUGAACGUGGUGUCGGCCUGGUCGCUCGGCUACACAGGCCGUGGCUCCAUCGUCUCCAUCCUGGAUGACGGCAUCGAGAAAGACCACCCAGACCUCGCGGCCAACUAUGAUCCAAACGCCAGCUUUGACAUCAACGACAAUGAUCCCGAUCCUCAGCCUCGCUACACUCCGUACAACGACAACCGGCACGGGACGCGGUGUGCCGGCGAGGUGGCAGCAGCCGCUAACAAUAACGUCUGCGGAGUGGGAAUCGCCUACAAUGCCAAAAUUGGAGGCGUGCGCAUGCUGGACGGAGACGUGACGGACGCGGUGGAGGCCAGCUCGCUGAGCCUGCGGCCCCAGCACAUCCACAUCUACAGCGCCAGCUGGGGCCCCGAGGAUGAUGGCAAGACAGUGGACGGGCCCGCCAGCCUCGCCCGUGCAGCCUUCCAGAAGGGAGUCGCCGAGGGCCGAGGCGGGCUCGGCUCCAUCUUCGUGUGGGCCUCUGGGAACGGGGGGCGCGAUGAGGACAGCUGCAAUUGCGACGGCUACACCAACAGCGUGUACACGCUGUCGAUCAGCAGCGCCACGCAGUCGGGCAACGUGCCCUGGUACAGCGAGGCCUGCUCGUCCACGCUCGCCACCACCUACAGCAGCGGCAGCCUCGGCCAGAAGCAGAUCGUGACCACGGACCUCCGCAUGCGCUGCACAUCGAGCCACACAGGCACGUCGGCCUCGGCACCCCUCGCCGCCGGCAUCAUCGCUCUUGUCCUGGAGGCCAACCCCAAGCUGACGUGGAGAGAUAUGCAGCACCUGGUCGUGAGGACCUCCAACCCAGCGUUCCUCUCCGCGAGGGACUGGGUCACCAAUGGCGUUGGCCGCAAAGUGAGCCACUCGUACGGAUAUGGGCUGCUCGAUGCAGGGACCAUGGUUUCGUUGGCCACAAAUUGGACGACGGUGGGACCUCAGAGGAUCUGUUCCAUCGACCUCAGCAGCGAUCACAAGAGCAUCUCGGACCGGCUGGUGGUGAAGCAGGUGGUGGACGCAUGCAGGGGCACGAAGGACCACGUCACCUCGCUGGAGCACGUGCAGGCCAAGAUCUCCCUGACGUUCAACCGGAGGGGAGACCUCACCAUCUACCUCACCAGCCCCGCAGGCACUCGCUCCACCCUGCUCGCCCCCCGGCCCCACGACUUCUCCUCCGAGGGCUUUGAUGGCUGGGCCUUCAUGACCACCCACUCGUGGGACGAGGACCCCGCCGGGGAGUGGACCCUGGAGAUCGACAAGGGCUCGUCCCACAACUACGGGACACUCAUAAACUUCACCCUGGUGCUGUACGGAACGGCAAGCGGCGGUGACGACAUAGCAGCGACUACCCCGGCACGGACGCCUGGGCCUGCAGCCCAGCCUACGAGCGAGACCACAGCCCGACCCACGGGGGCAUCGCCGUCAACGACCACCCCCUCGUCCUCGGCCACCCCUUCGCCUACACCGAGAGCCGCCUGCCGGCAAUGGGAUGACAAAGAGAAUUGCGUCGCGUGCGACCCUGCGCUACUGCUGCACCAGGGCGCCUGCGUCUGGGAGUGCCCCGCCGGGUUUUUCGCAAGCGCCGCCUGCCUCCCGUGCCACGCCUCGUGUGCCCAGUGCGGCGGCCACUCCGACAGCGACUGCCUGAGCUGCCCGCCCGGCUCCGAGCUCGUCUCCGGAGAGCAGCGCUGCGCUACCCUGCCGGACGCCGCCACCGAAAAGCGGACCCCGAGCGCCGCGACUCUUUCACCGAUGACGGCGCCGAACGGCACUCCCGCUCUCACCGCCGCGCCGCCGCCGCCGCCGGGUCCCAACAACAACAACUCGAGGAUCGUGCCCGCUGCGAGCGUCGCGGGUGGCACCACGCGAGGCGGAGGGAGCGAUGUCAUCGGCGUGGCCGAAGAGAAGAAGCUCAAGGGGGUGGGCACGGGCGACGGCACGAAGGCGUUCUCGGCGCUGCUCACAGGGCUCGUGGUGUGCGGGGUCAUGGCCGUGCUCUUCUGCGUGGUCUUCGGCGGGCUCCAACUCGCCGCCGCCCUGCGUGGCAAGCGGCCCGCGUACGACGCCGUGAGCCCCCGCGCCGAGGAGGACGAGGAGGAGACGUCCUACUCGCCGCGUCAGGACGAGGCGGAGAGCGAGGACGAAGGUCCCACGGGGGAGACGAAGAAGUUCAUCUCUGCCGAAGCCGGCGUCGGGAGAAUACACCCGAAGUAGCGGAAUGAGCGGUGAACCUGGAAUGAGCCUGGAAGCCACUGUUUGGUGAUGUUGGGGCAGCUGCAGGGACCACGUCUUCACAUGCCACUGUCUGAUAGAAAUGUACACUGUUGUCAGAGUUAGAGGGUUUUUUGUAAAGUGUGCAACAACUGAAAGGGACCUUUUUAUGCAUUUAUCUGAAUGUAUGAAUUCUAGUGUCACGUCUUGGUUGACACCGUGUUUUAUUCCUGGCCUUUAUGUUGUUGUACGGUUUAAUAUUACAAUGGCAAUGCGAGUUGCAAACGUAUGCUCUCUCAUACACGUAUAUAUAUGUGAGGGAUGGUGUGAAGGUUUUGAGAAUUGGAAAUUAUUAUACCGUUAAUUUUAAUUUUGAGUUUUAAUCUACAGAUAAAGUCUGCACCCCUAAAUCAUUCACAGCAAUGAGGGAAGCAUCUCUCUGUUGAUGGGCACGAGCCAGUGUGAGACACAUUACUGUGGCGGUUACAAGUCUACACGUAGCGUUAAGUAAUACGACUCAUGUCGUAAAAUGUACUGACGUCAGGGAUUUCACUAUUUAAGACAUGAGCCUCUGUAUCCAACAAAAUAUUCUCAAAACAGUGUUUAAUAUGCUUUUUACUGUAAAUUGUGAUUCAAGUGCAGAAACAAAAAGUAUGUCACCCCAAGUAAUGUUUCAGCACUUAAAAAAGACCAAAAAUAAAACCCAUAGUACUUAUUGUAUUGUCAGGAAUUGAAUGUAUACUUCUUGUAGGUACUACGAAACACAAAUCAGAAAUUAUAAUUUUGCAGGGAUUUUAAUUUUUAUUAAAAUGCAGCUCUUCUCGUAGCAUGAGCGUGUUGUUUGGCCAUUUUACCUCUUUUAUUUUUCCACUGCAAUAGCGGGCUGCGACGUGAGUCAGGAGGUACUGAGUUUGUUUUUCCACUGCAGAACCCAAGCCAUGCUGCCCACAUCACACACUAUGAACGUACGUCGUGUCAGUCCAUGUACCGAUUGAUGCAAUGUGCGCAACGUGUGAUGAAAAUCAUUAACCCUGGCCCUGCUUGGCCCCAAGCAAGAUUCAGAUUGCUUCAUGGUUUGUUUCUGGCUCGGCGACAAGUCGGUGGAAAAAGGGUAUUUCGUCGCACUUGUCUGGUGGAGUCUAGCUUCAGAUGAAACGGUGAGCGAUUUAAAUCUGCCACUGCCAACGUGGUGCAACAUGGUUCUUUGUUGUACAGUACUGUAAUAAUUUUAAGACAACACUGAAAUGUAUACUUAAGUGCAAAUUGAUUGCCGAAGUCGUUUUUCAUUUUAAAAGUCCAAUUACUGUGUAAUAGUGCAGAAAUGUGAUGUUAUGUAGUUUUUU